AUGGAAGUUAUCAAGUCUUUUGAAAUCAGCAGCAUUGGUAGCAAUGUGAUGACAUCAAAUGCGAAUAAUGCGUCAGUAGGGGCAUUCGACGACUUGGCGCUCCCGUCUGGCUUCGGAGAGGUUGAGCAGCAAAUAUCUACACUGAAUUCUGUAAAUCAAGUACCUGUGUUGGGUGCCUCUUCGAUACACAACUCAGCACCUAUGAUAAAUGGAACAAGUAACCAUAGCUCCGGUUUUAAUAAUCUUUCUGGUUACAAUGGAAGUUCUAUGCUAAGUUCAGUCGGGAUGACAAAUCCUUACUCAAUGUUUGCCAACAUUUUUACACGUGAAGAAGGCUACUCGCGAAAAGUAUUUGUUGGAGGACUCCCACCUGAUAUAGAUGAAGAGGAGAUAACUACUGCUUUCCGCCGAUUUGGACCUUUAAUCGUUGACUGGCCUCAUAAGACUGAAAGUAAAGCAUAUUUUCCACCAAAAGGAUACUGUUUCCUGUUGUUUCAAGAUGAAAGAUCUGUUCAAAGUCUUAUUAGUGCUUGUAUUGUGGAUGAAGGAAAAUUUUAUUGGUGUGUAUCCUCGCCGACUAUGAAAGAUAAACCUGUUCAAAUCCGACCAUGGAAUUUAGCAGACUCUGAUUUUGUGAUGGAUGGUUCACAGCCAUUGGAUCCGCGUAAGACAAUAUUUGUCGGAGGUGUUCCACGCCCUCUUAGAGCUAUUGAACUUGCCUUAAUCAUGGAUCGUUUAUACGGUGGUGUCUGUUAUGCUGGUAUAGACACUGAUCCAGAAUUGAAAUAUCCUAAAGGUGCUGGUCGUGUGGCAUUCUCAAAUCAACAAAGUUAUAUUGCUGCAAUCAGUGCACGAUUUGUUCAAUUACAGCAUAAUGAAAUUGAUAAACGCGUUGAAGUUAAACCAUAUGUUUUGGAUAAUCAAAUGUGUGAUGAAUGCCAGGGUACUCGUUGUGGCGGCAAAUUUGCUCCAUUCUUUUGUGCCAAUGUAACUUGCCUUCAAUACUAUUGUGAACAAUGCUGGGUACAAAUACACAGUCGUUAUGGUCGUGAAUAUCACAAACCUCUAGUCAAAGAAGGCGCUGAGCGUCCUCGUCCUGCACUUUAUCGAUGGUAG